GGCACUCAGAACUCGAUCCUCUCACACCCCGGUUCGCCUCGUUCGGGUUGCGAGGCCGUUCCUCUCGUCGCAGCAGACUUUCUUCUGUGGCUGCUGGGUUCAGCUGCACUUUCACUAUCAGGAUAGUCACUGUGUGUAUUUUCAACAUGCCGCACCUGCCGAUAGCGUCUCAAUUUUCGUCAGAAAACAAACCAAAUCCUUCGUUUGUGGCACGGCCGGUGAUCUCACCGCAAGAACUGGAAGCAGGAGAGGGCUCAGAGCUUGACGAGAAGGUAAGAGGGUCUGGCACCAAUACGCCUUCGGCUUUACUACCGCCCAAUGAUGAAGAUGCCACCGGCGAGAACGUGGAUCCGGGACCGGACUCCGAGUUUGUGGUGUGGUGGAAUGAGCCCGUGGAUCAAGACCCGGAAAAUCCCCUGAACUGGUCGUCAAAGAAGAAAUGGUUGAAUAUCCUGACUAUUGCCGUAAUAAGCUUCUUAGUACCUCUCAUAUCCUCAAUGCUCUCACCCGCAGUGCAGCAAGUAAUGCAAGACUUCAACACAACCUCCACAACCUUCGCAACCUUCGUCGUGUCCAUCUUCGUGCUGGGGUUCGCAUGUGGCCCGCUCCUCCUCGCGCCGCUAAGUGAGCUCUACGGCCGGGUGAUCAUCUACAAUGUCACCAACGUGCUGUUUCUCGCCUUCACCAUUGGUUGCGCACUCUCGCAGAACCAGUCUAUGCUACUAGCCUUCCGGUUCCUGUCCGGCUUCGCGGGAGUAGCUACCAUCACGAUAGGCUCGGGAACCAUCGCGGAUGUUAUGCCGCGCGAGAAGAGAGGCAAGGCCGUGUCGAUAUGGUCCGUCGGUACCAUCCUUGGGCCGAUGGUUGGUCCUAUCAUUGGCGGAUAUGUGACUGAGAAGCUUGACUGGAGGUGGAUGUUCUGGGUCAUCUCUAUCGUGGUUGGGGUGGUUAGUGUGUUCGCCUUUGCCGUGCUGAGGGAAACUUACCCCGUUGUGUUAUUGGAGAGGAAGGCAGCCAGACUGCGAAAGGAGACAGGAGACUCGAGGUACCGGUCAAAGCUCGCACCGGACAUCACUCCCCGGGAACUGUUCACAAGAAGCAUUAUGCGGCCGUCGAAGAUGCUCCUCUGCUGCCCCAUUGUCACGGUCAUGUGCACUUACGUCGCUGUCCUCUACGGAACACUCUACCUACUUUUUGCCACUUACUCCUUUGUUUUCAAAGAAGUCUAUGGCUAUUCAACAUUUGCAGCCGGCCUCGUCUUCCUGGCCGGGGGUGUUGGUACCUUGGCUGGGCUCGCAUACAUCGCCAAGUUCAGCGACAGAAAUCUGAAGAGGCAAGCUGCUGCCGGAAAGACUGUCACGCCCGAGGACCGCCUUCCUCUGAUCAUCACCCUGCCCGGGGCUUUGGCAUUUCCAAUGGGCUUGUUCAUGUACGGGUGGACUGUUGAAUAUCAGGUUCACUGGAUAGUCCCUCAGAUCGGGACGGCGAUCACUGGAUUCGGUUCCAUUCUCAUCUUUGUCGGCAUCCAGACCUACCUUAUCGAUGCAUUUGAAGGAUAUGCUGCCAGCGUAGUCGGUGCCAAUGCCGUGCUGAGAGGUACAGCUGGAGCGCUGCUGCCACUGAGUGGUUUGCAAUUGUAUGAAACUCUUGGAUGGGGUUGGGGGAACAGCCUUCUGGGCUUUGUUACGCUGGCCUUUGCUCCUGUGCCUCUGAUCAUUGGAUUUUACGGGGCCAGGAUCCGAAAGUCAAGGCGCAACCAAAUUCAAUUGUGAGGAUUAGGCUCACCUUCGCACAGAUAGUAUAUACAACACUACUUCAGAAA